CUCAUUUACAUUACAAUGUAAUUCGACGUGGAAGCGAGGCUAUUUCGGGCAGAAACUGCAAAAUUGCCCGACAGACAUACUGGAUUCCACAUCUGCUAUAAUGCAAUCGGAAAACGUUUACCGUUUAGAGGGAUAUGACAAUGCGAUGAAAGUUACAUAGGUCAUUGAGAGUUUUUUAACUGCUCACAGGCGAUCAAUUACUCUCGUUGCGUCGCUGCUUGUGUGUGGACUAGUGAGACAAUAAUGUUUGGGUCGCUUCCAAAGUUUUGUUUUGAUUUAGCAAAGUGCUCCUCCAUGUGUAAAGUGUUAUAGGGGGAAGUGUUUUCGUACGAGCGUCCUGAAACGCAAGGGUCAGUUAUUAAGCAAUGGGACAAGUCCGCGGCGGUUUAUAAAUAACAUAUAUUUCCCACUAUCACUGACACUAACCGUUGCGAAAAGAUGCAGUUAUGGUAAGGUUACUUUCUAAAUGGUAAUGUUUUUGUUUUUUAUUUACUUUGGUUACAGAUUGGAAACUGAAAUGCGAUGUGUGACGAUUCUCGUUGGUCUUAGUAACACUCCACGAGUGAUUAUAGGAAGUCGCAGCCCAAGAAAUCCAAUCAGUACGAGAGGACCAGGCUUUGUCCAGUUGAGCAUCAAGUUUGACCGAGUGAUAAAGAAGCCACGCACCUCCUCUUACAUCAGGCUUGUUCUUUUGCCCGGUGGACACACAAUGUACAAAGUGGACACACUUUCUCAAUACGUCAAAAUCGGUACAAAUGACACUAUGCUGUAUUUUGGAAUGCCCAAAGCAGCGUUCAGCAUGAGUGGAUCAUACGCAAUCUUAAUAGAUAAAGGUGCAGUGGUUGGACAAGGCUGCUCAUAUGCUGGACCGCCCACACCUGGCAUUGAAUCUCUGAGCGACUGGCAAUUCGUCGUAAACGGUGUUUGUCCAUUUGGGUACUACCUCGAUCCUCCAUCAUUUACCAGCUGCGUUGGUAUGUAUAAUAGCGAAAUAAUUAAUGGUGGCUACUUCUGCUUUCUGGCGAUCGAGUGCGUCACCAACGAAACCAUUCGGAACCGAAUCAACUACAAUCAGACCCAAAAGUAGUUGAGACACUGCCAAAAAACAAACCUCGCCUCAAGGUAGAUUUGCCCUCUCACACACCUGAUAUUUCGCCUCUCUUACCUUCUAAUGUUAAGACAGCGUCAACAAAACAUGUUUCAACAUUGG